AUGAGCGCCCCACCACCGCCGCCAAAGACUGCAGAGCGACAGCAACACUCGGCGUAUAGAGGCUUUGUGGCGGGUGUGUUUUCGGGGGUGGGGAAAUUGACUGUCGGGCAUCCAUUCGACACCAUUAAAGUCCGCCUCCAAACCUCCACCACAACCCACUUCAAAGGCCCCCUCGACUGCCUCCGCCAAACCAUCCACCGCGAAGGUUUCCGCGGCCUCUACAAAGGCGCCAGCCCACCACUAGUUGGCUGGAUGUUUAUGGAUUCUUUGAUGCUGGGAUCGCUAUCAAACUACCGCUCACUGAUAAAGACCAACUUCUACCCGCACCAGGAGCGCCUGCCGCCUAUGGCGCAGGGCGUGGCCGGCGUGAUGGCGGGCUGGACGGUUAGUCUGAUUGCUGCGCCUGUGGAACAUGUCAAGGCGCGACUUCAGGUGCAGUAUAAUGCCCGCGGGAACCGGGAGGGCAUGAAGUAUAAGGGACCUAUUGACUGUAUCAAGAAGCUGUACGGAUCCCACGGCCUCCGCGGCCUCUACCACGGCCUCACAGCAACACUGCUAUUCCGCACCUUCUUCUUCUUCUGGUGGGGGUCCUAUGAUCUCUUCUCGCGCUACCUGUCCACGCACACGAACCUCUCCACGCCCGCAAUAAACUUCUGGGCCGGCGGGCUCAGCGCACAGAUGUUCUGGAUAACGAGCUAUCCGAGUGACGCCAUCAAGCAGCGCAUCAUGACGGACGAUCUGGACCAGAGACGGCUUAAGAAUUGGCGGGAGGCGGCGAGGAGCGUGUACAGGGAGGCGGGGUGGAGAGGGUAUUGGAGGGGAUUUUUACCGUGCUUCCUCAGGGCGUUUCCGGCGAAUGCGGUGGCGUUGGUGGCGUUUGAGGGCGUGAUGAGGAAUCUGCCGUAG